CAGUGCCGUUAUUGAUUCUGAUGAUACAGAUUUUCUGGUCUGAUUCGGGGGAGCUUGUCUGCAUUGCUACAGAAGAAUCAUUCUUCAUUCUGAAAUAUCUAUCAGAAAAAGUUGCAGCAGCCCAAGAAACACAUGAAGGGGUCACUGAGGAUGGAAUUGAAGAUGCUUUUGAGGUUCUUGGUGAAAUUCAAGAGAUCGUGAAAACGGGUUUGUGGGUAGGCGACUGCUUCAUUUACACCAGUUCUGUGAACAGACUCAAUUACUAUGUUGGAGGAGAAAUUGUCACUAUUGCUCAUUUAGACAGGACAAUGUAUCUCUUGGGUUAUAUCCCUAAGGACAACAGACUGUAUUUGGGUGAUAAAGAGCUAAACAUCGUUAGCUACUCCUUGCUGGUCUCGGUGCUUGAAUAUCAAACCGCCGUGAUGAGAAGAGACUUCGGUAUGGCCGACAAAGUUCUGCCGACUAUUCCAAAAGAACAGAGAACCAGAGUUGCACAUUUUCUUGAAAAACAGGGCUUCAAACAACAAGCCCUUGCAGUAUCCACGGAUCCCGAGCAUCGUUUUGAACUUGCUCUUCAACUUGGAGAAUUAAAAAUUGCCUAUCAGCUUGCAGUGGAAGCAGAGUCAGAACAGAAAUGGAAGCAGCUUGCUGAGCUUGCCAUUAGUAAAUGCCAGUUUGGCCUAGCCCAGGAAUGUCUUCACCAUGCCCAAGACUAUGGAGGUCUAUUGCUCUUGGCUACAGCGUCAGGAAAUGCUAACAUGGUGAACAAGUUAGCUGAAGGAGCAGAGAAAGAUGGCAAGAACAAUGUAGCUUUUAUGAGCUACUUCCUGCAGGGGAAGCUUGAUUCAUGUUUGGAACUGCUCAUUAAAACUGGGCGUCUGCCAGAAGCUGCUUUUCUUGCACGGACAUAUUUGCCAAGCCAGGUUUCAAGGGUUGUUAAACUGUGGCGGGAGAAUCUUUCUAAAGUCAAUCAAAAAGCUGCCGAAUCCCUUGCUGAUCCUACAGAGUAUGAGAAUCUCUUCCCUGGGUUGAAGGAAGCAUUUGUUGUUGAAGACUAUGUCAAACAAAGCCUUGCUGACUUGCGGCCAGCUAGGGAAUAUCCCCUUGUCACUCCAAAUGAAGAAAGAAAUUUACUUGAAGAAGCAAAAGGUUUUGAGCCUCCUAAAGUUAUGGCAUCUCAGCACCCUGAAGAAUCAGUUCUCUCUCCUAAACCAGACGUGACCAAGUCGAUUUCACAGAAUUCUGAUCUACUUUCAACCCGAGAACAGAAGACCCUGCUGGACCUGGAAGAUGAUUUAGAUAAUCUGGAUCUUGAGGAUAUUGAUACAACAGAUAUCAAUCUGGAUGAAGAGAUCUUAGAUGAGUGAACUCGACUUCUUAAAUG